CAUUGUUCAUGAUGCCAACAAAGCUCUUAAUGGCACCCGUCAUGGCACACAUCCCUGAGGAACACCACUCGUCACCCAUCUCCAAUCGGACAUUGAGCCAUUGACCAUCCAGACAAUUUCUUAUCCAGAGGGUGGUCCACCCAUCAAAUCCAUUUUUCUCCAAUUUGGUGACCAGAAUGUCAUACAGGACAGUGUCAAACACUUUGCACAAGUCCAGGUAGAUGAUGUCAGUUGCUCUUCCUUUAUCCCUUGAUGUUGCAACUCCAUCGUAAAAGGCCACCAACUUUGUUAGGCCUGACUUGCCCUUGGUGACGAGACACUAGUUACCACCCAUCACCCCAUCUUUAUUUUCCACUUGCCUUGAUAGGGCUUUAAGAAAGAUCUGCUCCAUGAUCUUGCCAGGCACAGGUGGGAAUGACUGGCCUGUGGUUCCCUGGAUCUUCUUUCUUUCCAUUCUUGGAAAUGGGGAUUAUGUUACCUCUCUUUCCAGUCAGUGGGAACUUCACCACACUGCCAGGACCUUUCAAAUGCAGUGGAUGGCAUCUUGGCAACUUCAUCUGCCCGUUGUCUCAGAAUCCAUGGAUGAAUCUUGUUGGGUUCAUGGAUUUGUGCACCUUCAGGUUCUUUAGGCAAUCUUGAACCUGAUCUUCACUUACAGCAGGCAGAUCUUACUUCCUCUCAUUCUUACCUUUCCCUUCUGCAACUUGGGCUCUGUGGCUAGAGUUCUUGCCACUGAAGAGUGAGGCAAAGAAGUCAUUGAGCACUUCAGCUUUCUCCGUAUCCCUCAUGAAUAGGUCUCCAGUUUCCUUCCAGAGAGUGCCCACAUCUCCCCUGGCCCUCCUUUAAUUACUGAUAUAUACCUGUAGAAUUUCUUCUUGUUCCCCUAUUUUGUCCCUGGCUAGACUUAAUUCUAUCUGGGUUCUACCUUUCGUAACCUGAUCCCUGGCUGCUUGGACAACUUUUUUGUAGUUCUGCCAGAUAACCCAUUCCUGCUUCCACUCCCUAUAGACUUUCUUUUUGUGCUUGAUUAAGUCUAGGAGCUUCUAGUUGAUCCACAGAUCCUGGCAUUCUUGCCUGCCUUACUUUUUCUGUACUUUCUAUAGCAUAAGGGAAUUUUCAGUAGCUAUUUAUGAGUGUGCACUUAUAACAGCAAAGGUCUAUAUCAGAUGUCAAUAUAAUACUAAAUCAAGCACUGAAAGCUUUUUUUGUUCAGUUUAAUGUCACUGGAUGAAGUAUUCAAUGAUUUCAGCCAAUUUCUAUUUUUUACACUUUGGAAAUUUUUUUAUUUUCAUCUGUCCCCACAGGCAGAAGAAGAGAGAGAUGAUAUGGAGAGAGUCAAGCUGGAUAAUAAAAGAAUUCUCUUCAACCUACUGCCAGCACAUGUUGCACAGCAUUUUCUUAUGUCUAAUCCAAGGAAUAUGGACCUUUACUACCAGUCAUAUUCACAAGUGGGAGUGAUGUUUGCUUCCAUCCCAAAUUUCAAUGAUUUCUACAUCGAACUGGAUGGUAAUAAUAUGGGAGUGGAGUGUUUACGCCUGUUAAAUGAAAUUAUUGCUGAUUUUGAUGAGCUUAUGGACAAAGAAUGUUAUAAGGACAUAGAAAAAAUCAAGACAAUUGGAAGUACAUAUAUGGCAGCUGUGGGACUUGUACCUACUUCAGGAACUAAGGUAAGAAGAUUUUACAUGACAGUUACUGUGGUGGAAGAGUUUUCCUCCAGUUUCCAAAUGAACACCAGAAACACAACCAAAAAUUACAGAUAAUUUGUUUUAGUUCUUUACAACAAUUUAAAUCUGAAAUUCAAAUGUCAAGCUGAAAAAAAUAUUCUGAAAGCCUAUAAAGAAAUAUGGCUACCCUAGCAGUUACUCAUGUGGCAUUGUUUGGAUUUGAAUUCUUUGCAAGCUGGUGUAAAAAGCUCCCAAGUCAGAAUGAUAGGAUUUUAAACGCAGCAUCACAGAUGUUCUUGUAGAAUGCAGAGAGGGGGGAACUCUAAAUGUAGUGAACUGUUGUAAAAUAACAAAAGAUUGUUAAAACGUGAUUAUUUUUCUCCAUUAUUUUGAAAUUUAGGAGCAAAAUCCUAUCACAUCUAGGAACAUAGUGCUAUGUACAUUAUUACGCAUCACCAUGAUCCUUUCAAAUUACAUAUUCUUCAUCUCUACUGCUAAUAUUUUUCUUAUUCCUUUAAUUACUUGGCAAUGAAAAAGAUCAAAAUCAUUUCAGACCAAUAGUACUGGAUACAGUUUUUCUGUAUCUCCUUAAUCCCUCUGUGUGUAUUUCUAAAGCUUGAUUUUGGAUUUGGGUACAGCUAUUUCCUAGAUUUGCACGCAGCAUCUGAGAGAAUCACCUGAGCAGAAUACUGAAUAUAUUGUAUAUUGUACAGUGAGAAUAAAAGUAACAUGAAAGCAAUCCAUGCACCCAGUCUUUCCAGAUUUUUGUGAGAUCUCACCCCCCUUCACCAAAUCACAGAAUGUCUUGAGUUGGAAUAGACCUUAAAGAUUAUCUAGUUCCAACCCUAAUAGGCAGGGAUACCUUUUACUAGAUUCGGUUACCAAAGCCCCAUUCAACUUGGCCUUCAACACUUCCAGGAUCUACAGCUUCUCCAGGCAAUCUGUUCCAGUGCUUCACUACUCUCCUCAUGAAUAAUUUCUUCCUUAUAUCUAACCUAAGUCUACCCUUUUUCAGUUUAAAACCAUUGCCCUUUGUCCUGUCACUUCACUCUCUUAUAGAGCCCAUCCCCAUCUUUCCUGUAAACCACAGUUAGAUACUGGAAGGACACUAGAAAGUCUUCCUGGAAUCUUCUCCACUUUGACCUAAGUAACACCAGCCUUUCUUCACGGGAGAGGUGCUCCAGCCCUCUGACCUUCUUCAUGGUCCUCCUCAGGACUCCAACAGGUGCAUGUCUUCCUUAUGCUGGGGGCCCAGAGCUGAACACAGUACUCCAGGGCUGGUUUCAAGAGAGUGGACUGGAGGGGGACAGUCAUCUCUCUUGACCUGCUACCUACAUUUCUUUAAUGGUUACUGUAUUCCAGUAUACAAUUGUUUUUUGGGGUUGUAACUGCAGACUGCUGCCUUGUUUUCAG